AUUUAUUCCGGUUUGCUAGAUAAUGCAACAGAUCGUCAUAUAUACCUUAAUCUAUACUCUCCCCCAUACCUCGGAUAUACGAACAUGCUAAUUGACCUAUCCUCGACUCAAUAACCUUACCACACCUCCCUCCCGAUAGACCCUCCCGCAUCUCCGAGGGACCGACCGCAGUAUGGCAGGAUCCGCCACCAGAAAAGGCUCAACGCCAGCCAAGGUCCCCUUCAGCGCCAAAUCUCAGACCCCCGCGAAGCGCAACGGCAGUCUGCUGAACUUCUUCCAAAAAGCCGAUGGACCGCCCAAAGCCACCUCCACCCAACCUCGGAUCACUCAAUUUGCCACCAAAACCGCCCGGCCGACCAGCAAUGGCCACGGCAGCACACCGACGCUGCGCAGACAAGGGAGCUCUACAGCCAGCAACGGCGCAGGUGAUCUGUUUCUCGAGGACAAGAACCGGACCCGAUCCGCGACCUACGCACCCCCCGAGCCGCAACGGACAGCACGGUCGAGGACUCCGGACGAUAUCUGGGAAGGCGAGCCGGAAACGCCGGCGCCAGCGACAGCGGCGAUCGAGGAAGCCCGCUACAACGAGAACGGAUCCUCCGGCGUCAAGAAACGCAAACUUGAUUCCCCGUCCGCGGGCGAUGACGCAGCAGCAGCACGAGCGAAGCCGUCCGAUGAUGCCGACGCUACGCCGGUAGCGGCGCCCGCGAAGAAAUCCCGUCACCUCAGUGGUCCCUUCAUCGAUGAAUCUGAUAGCGAGGAGGAGGAAGAUCUGGAGAAGUUCCGUGAUUACGCGGAUGGGCCAUCGGUCGCAUUGAUAGAUAAGCCCAUUGCCAUUGCCACGGAAUCGCCCGUCAACGCCGAGGAAGCAGAUCCGUCAGCCAAAACACGACCGACGCCCGCUGUUGAGACACCACCAUCCUUGGUAAGAGAAACCACGAGUUACACCGAACCUGAUGAAGAUACGAAUUUUGACGAUAUGGAAGACGAGUUCCGAGGGGAAGAAAAUUUCUUAGAUGCCUUUGAUGAUGAUGAUGAUGAUGACGAUGGACAUAAUAACCAAGAGAGGGAGGUGUUGAUUGGAUUGGAGGAUUAUAGUAAUGGCCCGGAUGACGACGGAAAUACGUUUGGUUGCGAAGUGCCCAUUUGUCCGAUCUGUCAAACUAGUUUGACUGGUCUGAAUGAAGCUGAUGUCUCGGUGCACGUCAAUGACUGCUUAGAUGGCAAGCCUAGUACAAUACAGCCAAGAUCUGAUUCUACAGGCAAGUUCGAGCCCGGGAUCAAGUCUGAGCCUGAGAUCGAUCCGGAUCCCGAAAUCAAACUUGAACCUGAACCUCCAUCGAAAGCACUGGCUCGAUUGGACCGGGCGGCGAUUGCUCGCCCCGCUCAACGUGAUCCUUACACUUCCGGCGGGACUGCAGCGAGGUCUGCUUUUUCCAAGCUCAUGGCUGGAAACGCGGAGGACAGCGCCUGGGCCGCAGCGGCGGCCAAUGAAGUGGCAUCCAGAGGCAAGCAGGCAUACCAACGGACCUGUCCAUUCUACAAGAUCAUGCCCGGAUUCUCUAUAUGCGUGGACGCGUUUCGCUAUGGUGCUGUCGAAGGCUGCAAUGCCUACUUUCUGAGUCACUUUCAUAGUGACCACUACAUUGGCCUCACGGGUUCAUGGCGACACGGUCCUAUAUACUGCAGUCGCGCGACGGCCAACCUAGUGUGCCAGCAGUUGAAGGUCAAUCGUAAAUGGUUGGUGCCACUCGAAUUCGAGAAGAAGACGGAGAUCCCUGGCACGGGGGGCGCACAUGUGACAAUCAUCGAAGCGAACCAUUGUCCAGGAAGUGCCAUCUUUCUCUUUGAGAAGACCAUGGGAUCUGGCCCAUCGAAACGGACGCAUCGGGUGCUUCAUUGCGGAGAUUUCCGCGCCUCGCCGCUCCAUGUGCAGCAUGCACUCUUGCGCCCGGAGGUUGUCGAUCUCACCACGGGUCAGCGUCGUCAGCAACACAUAGAUGCUUGCUACCUAGACACCACGUAUUUGAGCCCCAAAUAUGCCUUUCCAAGCCAGGAAGAUGUCAUACAGGCUUGUGCCGAUCUUUGCGUGGAGCUGAACGAGGGGCAGCAGAAAAGCAACGGGCUUGCCUUUGGCUCGUCCGGCCGCUCUCCUGGGAUCGGGGGAGGGUUGAUGAGCAAGUUCGUUUCCAAGGUGACAGGCUCUUCCGGGUCGCAGUCUUCAACAUCGAACUCAAGUGGCCGAUUGCUGGUGGUGAUCGGGACUUAUAGCAUUGGGAAAGAACGGAUCUGUCUGGGAGUCGCGCGCGCUCUGCAGAGCAAGAUCUUCGCCACUCCAGCCAAACAGCGGAUCUGCGCGUGCCUGGAGGACCCAGAGCUGUCAGCGCUGUUGACGGAUAACCCACGCGAGGCCCAGGUGCAUAUGCAGACCUUGUUUGAGAUCCGAGCGGAGACGCUGGCUGACUACCUGGACACGUUGAAGCCGCACUUCACGAAAGUGGUGGGCUUUCGACCGACCGGCUGGACGUACCGGCCGCCCGCGGGCCGCGUGCUGGAUAACCCUCCUGUGUCGACGGUGCUUCACUCGGCACAUUGGCAGACACCGUUCUCGGCACGCGACCUCGUGCCCCAACGGGGCAGCACGCGGGAAAGUGCCUGUUUUGGGGUGCCGUAUAGCGAGCACAGCUCGUUCCGGGAAUUGACCAUGUUCUGCUGCGCCCUUCGGAUUGGACGGGUCAUCCCAACGGUGAAUGUGGGCAGUCAGAAGAGUCGUGAGCGUAUGAAGGCGUGGGUUGAGCGAUGGGAGGCGGAGAAACGGAAGAGUGGUUUGUACCAGGUCAAAGGCGACCGGUGGUGACCUAGUGUAGCAGAGGUAUACAUAAUUUCUGUACAUAAGGUUUCCAAAGUGUAAGACACAAAGUCCCAAUGAAGCAAUAUGCAAC